GUCAGUCGCUAGCAGACGGCCAAAGCGUUGAGACGUCGUUAGUUACGGUACGCGUAUAACGUGCUUAACAAAAACCAAGCGAGCAACAACAACAGCAAUACAAGCAGAGCUAACAUUCGCCAACAACAACAAAAGCUCACAAGCCGCUCUUUUUUUUACUGUGCGCUGUGCUGAACAAGCAAAGAUGCCCAGAAGUACUUAGUUAGCGUGUGGCAAUCCAUAAAUUGAAGUCAACUGAAUAAUCUAAAUUGAUCGCAGAAGAUGGCGCUACGUUUGCGUCGGGACGUCCAGAAGGCCUCCUACUAUGUCUGGUUCCUGGGCGCCGAGGAGGCGAAGGGAUUGCGUGGCGCGCGCGUCAUUAACUCGGUGCUGCCGUAUCUGGUGGACAGAUCGCGCGGCCAGGAGCCGCUCAAGGUGACGCUGCAGGUCUCGCACAAGGGCAUCAAAAUCGUGCAGGGCUCGUCGAAGCAUUUAAUACCACACAGUGCCAUAACCAGCUCCGUGCAAACCGAUGACAUCGUUGCCUGUGUGCUGCUCCUCUAUAAUCCGGCCACCAAAUGCCCCUUGCAUGUGCACGCCUAUCGUUGCGACUCGGAGACAACGGCCGAGGCGUUGCAUUUACAAUUGCAAAUACUAAUCAAUCGGCCCGACAAUCAGAAGCGCUUCGAGGAGCUCGAGACCAGAUUGGGCAUUUUGCCGCCGCUGCCAGCUGGCGGGGCACCGGUUCACAACAGCGACAAGAGGCACGAAUCCUCGCACAAGUCGUCGCAUCAUCAGUCACAACAACAACAACAACAACAACAGCAGCAGCAGCAGCAACAUCAUCUGCAGCACCAUUCCAGUGGCGGCUAUGCGCAUCCGUCGCAGCAGCAACGCCGCCAUGAGACAUCGCCGAAGCGCUUCAGCAGCUCGCUGGGCAGCGAUACGGGCAACAGCACGCGCGAAUCCGAGUGCAGCGAGGAGCAAGGUCUGGCCGGCUCGCCAGUCUCCCGAUCGCCGCCGCAUGCCAGCAGCAGCAGCAGCAGCAAGCAUCAUCUGGCGCAUCACGCGCAUCAUCCACAUCCACAUCCACAUCCACUUGGACAUGCACAUGGUCAUCCGCCGCUGACGGCGCAACAGAACAGCGAUCUGUUCGACUCGCUGGCCGCGGAGCUGCGCGCCAAGCUGAAUGGCAAUGGGCCGCCGCUGCUGCUGCCGCCGCGCGACUAUGAUACAGUGCAUCGCUCCAAGGGCAAUCUGACGGCCAUUGAGCUGCGGCGCUGUCGCAAUGCGCUAAUUGUGGGCGGCGCCGGGCCGACCAAAGGUGCACCAACUGCCACAACAGCGGCAGCGGCAGCAACAGUUGCCGCACCGGCGACCACGGCCAAUGGCAAGCAGGUGUCCUCGCGCGGCUCUUCGGGCAUUGGCUCCGAUCUGGCACCCAGUCCGGAACGCCAGGAGCUGAACAGCUCAAGUGAUGAUGAGCACUGGUCGAACGAGGCGGACAAUUCGGUGAUUGCCUUGAAGCCAUCACAAAUUGCGCUGCCGCAUCACGCGCAGCUGAAGCGCAAGAGCGCUGUGCAGCCGCCGGAGGAUAGCUAUCUGCGGGAUUUGCCCGCCAAGCCGUACGUGCCGCGCCAAGUGGAACGGGAGCGCACCAAGACGCCGGCCAUGUCGAGCAAGUCCUGGUCGCGAGAGGAUGAGAUAAAGCCGAUUAUUAUGCGACCGGCCGACUAUGAUGCGAAAUUCAAUCGGGUUAUGCAGCUGGAGCCGCAGACGGCCAAGCAUGAGGCAGCCGCCAAGCUGCGCGACACCGACAAAUACAAUGAGAUCAAUCGUUUGCUCAACAAGAAGCUAUCCGGCCAGGACAGAGAUCGCGAACGGGAACGGGAACGGGAGCGCGAUCGGGAGCGGGAGCGCGUCAAGCAGUGCUCCGUGCACGAUGACGACUUGGAUGACUUUGAUGACUCGGAUCCGUGCAGUGAGCCGCAACAGAAGCAGCUGCCAAUUGCCGCUGCCGGCUACCGCAAGGAGAAUCUUACCGAUAAGCAAAAGUUCAUGGAGUAUGCAUCCAAGAAGCAACAGCUUAAAUCCUAUGCAGCCGAGGAGGCGCAACGGUAUGGCGGCAGUCGCCAUCGCUAUGUGGAUCCCGCCGAGCUGCCGUUUGAGCAGCUGCCGACUACCGUGCAGCCAAUGCCCGUCGGGCACAACAAGUAUGCGGCAGUGCAUCGCGGCCAGGAGCCGACGCGCACCAGCAAUAGCAGCAACAGCAACAAUGCGGAGCGACGGGAGCGCCAUGAUAGAGAGCGAGAAAGAGAGAAGGAGCGCGAGCGCGAGCGGGAGCGAGAGAGAGAACGCGAGCAUUCCAGGGAUCGCAAUCCGUAUCGCGAGGCAGAGAGCCUGCCCUACAUACAGAGCAUGGAGAAGAUGAUGAAAUCAACGGGCAUGCGCUACGGCGAGGAGCCUCCCCGCAAGCCCAGCAGCCGGGAUGGGGCACGUCGUGAUCCGACAGACUACGGCCGGGAAUACCCAAUCGCCGCUGGCAGUCAGGUGUCGCCACGUGAUCGCUUCCACGAUGCCAAGGACAAGUUUCGGGCCAUGGAACGCACCAGCAGCAGUCGCGGCUACGAUCCGGAUGAACGCGACAAUGUUGGAGCUGCAGUGCCCGCGGCGUCAGCGUCAUCAACAGCCGAUUACAGAUCCUCGUCGCGUCGGCGCCGCGGCUCCGUGGAGCCGCCCAGCUAUGAGCAGUGGAGCGAUGAGGAGGAGGAGCUGCAGCCCGUACCGCCGCAGGAGCCCAUCAUGAGCCGUUCGCGUGCUCGUUCGCGCGAGCACUGGGAACAGGAACAGCUGCAGCAUGCCAGCAGCAGCAGCAAUGGCAAUAUGCGUCAUGGCCAGGAACGGGAGCGGGAGCGCGACCGCGAAAGGGAACGAGAACGGGAGAGGGAGCGGGAGCGGGAACGUCGCGAACGCGAUUAUCCCAUGCGACGCGGUGAGGAUAUACGCGAGCCACCGCACGAUGCCUAUCGCCAGGAGCGUGAACGGGAGCGGGCACGAGAGCGCGUACGGGACAGCCAUCAGUCGCAGUCGCGCCAUCAGAUGCGCGCCCAUUCGCGCGAAUAUCUGCAGCCGACGGAGCCGGUGCCCGUCUCCAAGUCCAGCUCGUCGCGUGUGGCCCACCAUGCCGAGCGUUAUCCAUCGCCGGCGCCCACGCCCAACAGCAGCAACAGCGUCGCCUCCGGCUCCGGCAAGCAGCCGCUGUCCAACAUGCCCAAGGGCUAUCGGCACAGCUAUGCGGAGCCCGUGUUUGCGCGCUCCGGCGGCCGUGUGGGCCUAGCCGCAGUCAAUCCCUACUAGCAGCGGCAACGACAACAACUACAACAACAACAACACUUCUAUAUGAACAUACUCAAUUACUGUACAUUACACACACACACACACAGAGACAACUUUUUGGGAUGUAUCCGUCUGGGGAAGAGGAGCGACCCCAUCCAAGCGCCACAAUGCAGCUGGGCACCAAGUGUCCCGCCGGCCAGCGCCUGUAAUUAUGUGCCUUCUAAAUAUGUUUUAUAUCAGUACAGAUACAUAUACAUACAUAUACAUAUACAUAUACAUAUACAUAUAUAUACAUAGAUUAGCCCAUCUAUAUGCAUAUAUAUCUAAUGCAUGUAUAUUUUUAUAUAGCUAAAAACGAAACGCGAACAAAUCGAACAGAGUUGAUAUAUGCAUUUUUUUUUCGUAUUCUUAAGUUGUGCGGUUGGUUGGUA